AUGGUGAAUAGACGUAUCGCCAAGGGCCACCGCCUUGCGCGCAAGAAGAAGCUUAAAAUAACGAAAAAGACCUCGGUAGAUGAGUCUGCCGCUCGUGCGGGUGCCGGGAAAAACGCAGGAAAGCGAAAGACAGCCGCCACGCGAGUACGUGUUGUCAAUGGUGUCACUAAGAAGCAGCAGCAUCGCUUUGGUGAGAUCGAGUCUCUAAAGAAGCAGAAGAGUAAACUGCUGAAGCAGCAGGCGGCGGAGCGGAUGGUGCUCAAGGAGCACAUGCGGGACCUUGAGGCCCGCAAGAACCGCAUUCGCCGCGGUGAGACUGCCAAGACGGAACGUCGCGAGCUUGCCAAGUACAUACGACAGCUCAAGCAAGAGCAGCAGGUCAAGCAUGCCUCUGAACUUACGAACGUAGAGAUGGAGCUGAAGCGCCUGAUCAACGAGCGCGACAAAGUGCGUACGGCGCGCGUGGCAGACGGCAUGAACGAGGAGGACGUCGACUGGGAAGACAUUGGCGACGCAGAUGACGACGACGUCAAUGAGGACGAGCUGCAACGCAUGUUCGCGCAUCUGACAAUGUAA